CACCUAGUUGAGACCAGUUCCAUGUGCUUACUGAAUUGACCAUAUGGAUUCACCAAAAACUUGACCUUUUCAACCAAAUAGAAACAACCAUUAUAAAUAGAUAUAUAAAAUAAAAAGUAUUAUUAAUAUAAUAAUGUCCUUGAAAAAGAGAAUGCAAAUGUUUGCAUUCUUACUGAGAUGCCACUUUUCGAGUCUUUGUUAACCUAUACAUCAUCUAUUGUUGUGUAUUCCAACUCAACCAAAGCAACCUCCUAUCGACGAAAAGCGACUUAUUUUUUUGCAAAAUGCCACCUAAAGCUCCCCCUACAAAGCCUUUAAGUGAACGUCUUCUUCCUCUUGUCAAAAAUACACAAUUUUUUUGGUUUCUGGGACAAUUCUCUGUCGCCUUGUUCAGCUCUAUUUAUACGUUGCAGGUUGUUCCUUUCCGCCAAGGUUCAUCAUUUAUUUUCAAGAAUGCUAUUGCAGGAGCUAUCUUGGCGUAUUCCAUUGUCCUUUACAAGGUUUACAGCCCCAAUAUUGCUUCUCGUUCCUCCUGGAACGUCCAUUUCUUGCGCCGUUUAAUGACUGAUGAUAAUGCCUUGUAUUUUUUCUUGGCUUUGUCCUUGUUGAUCAACCGCCCUGUUUUAUUUGCGCUUGCUCCUUAUGCUAUUUAUGCCACGUUUCAUAUUUCUACCUAUAUGCGCAGCAACCUUUUGCCAGUUCUUUCUCCCUCUAUCACGAGCAGUACCGAACCUAAGAAUCAACUUUAUAAAUUAUCGCAAUUGCUUAACAAGUAUACUCGCACUCAAUUCCAACCUGCAAUGAAACUUGUAGCCAACAUUGAGACCUUCCUCUUUUUCCGUUACUUCUUUGGUUUCUUCUUGCGCAAGAAUACUUUCUCUCAAUUCAUCUUCUAUGCCUUUUUCCUUCGCAUGCGCUAUAACAGCAGUCACUUUACUCGUGCAUCUAUCCGAGACAUUGGUCUUCGUAUGGACCGCGUUGUCGCUGACAAUCGCAUUCCUCCUCAAGUAAGAAAUGCAUGGUUCCAACUAAAGCACUACCUCUCAAGAUUUGGCAAUGUACCUGUCGCUCAAGCUUCUGCUUCUAGUGGCCGUCCCGCCUCUGCAUCCACUUAAACAAAUAACCUUUCAACCAAAAAUACUUGUUUGCUGUCCAAGUUGUUUAUAGUUUUCCUUUUGGUUUACCAGCUGCAUCUUGUUUUCUUCUUGGCUUUCCCAUCGCUUAUUUUAAGGUAACCAUGGUUUCCUUUUUUUAUCAUUAGUAAAACAUAUAAUGCCGCUUUUAGGAAAAGAGCAGGAUAGUUUAUGAUUCGUGCUGAGAAUUGACUUCAAUUCCAGAAAACCUGUUUUUAUUCCUUUCCACGAAUUUUACUUGUUUGGAGACAUUCUUAACGAGUAGAAGUUUCGUGCUUUCAGCGUAUACGUGUUGAAUCGCUGAUUGAAAGAUAACCAUACGAGCUAGCUUACUUUGAAUGCCUUUCAAAAAAAAAAAAAUCUCGUUUAGCUUACAUGAAUGUAGGAAUGUAUAUGCUUUUUUACUCUUUGUAGAAAUUGUCGUAUUCUAUCAUUCUCUAUUGUAUGCAAUGUCAGUGG